AUGAAAAAUAAAUCACCUACAAUUUUAAUCAUUGGAGCAGGACCAGGAGGAUUGUGCCUAGCUCAUGCGUUAGAAAAGAAUAAAAAUAUCAAACAAUUUAACGUAAAAAUAUUCGAUAGGGAAUUCAGUCCAACAGCUAGAUGGCAGGGAUAUCAUGUAACGCUUUAUUCUUCUGGUGUAAAAUCUCUAAUCCAAUGUGUUCCCACCUCAUUAAUCCCACAUAUCCCGCAUGCAAUCCCCGAUACUAAUAAUUUAAAAGAAGAACAUAUUGUAUAUGCCUUGAACCGGUCAGGCCACAAGAUUGUUCAACCACCUACGAAUCGUCAAUUUCCAAAUUUUAUAGAAUUUUCAAAGUAUCCUCUAAAUUUUAAUGAAUUUAUGCUUGGUUAUCGUGAUGUACUUCGUGACAUUUUAUUACAGGAUAUUGAAGUGCAAUGGGGUAAAAAGUGUGUUGGUUAUGAAGAGGUUGAAAAUGGUGUUUUUGCUCUUUUUGAAGAUGGAACCAGAGAAUUUGGUGAUUUACUAGUCGCAUGUGAUGGUAUUAAUUCUGUUAUAAGAAAACAAAAAUUACCACACUUAAAAAUUCAAAAUAACGGAAUAAUCAACAUUAUAGCUGAUAUAGCACCUUCUCAACAAUUAAUAUCACGACUUCAAAAAUAUACUGGAAAUAGUUUAAUGAAUGUAAUAAUGGGAUCUUAUAAUGACUGCUCUAGUCAACUUCUUCGAAUGAUUCCUAUAAAUGAUGAAAGAGAAAUUGAUGUUCGAUUUAGAAUGACAAUCAUUUAUUCGUAUGCAAUUCAUAUUUCUCCAAAUACCGAUGACAUUGAUCGAGAUCUUUAUAAAGAAACUACAGCUCAAAUUAUUAAUGAAGUUAAAACUAGGAUAGCAAAAACAAAUCCAGAAAAAGAACUGACAAAACUUUUAUUAGAACUAUGGGAUUUAGUCCCGCUUGAUGAUUCUGUAAAUCCAUAUCCAUUCAAGAAGUUUAAUCCACCACGGAAAAAACUCAUUCGUCACAUUGAUCCAAAGUCUAUUCCAAUUUGGGAAUCAACUAGGGUUACUUUACUUGGUGAUGCUAUACAUGCCAUGGAACCAUCCUUGGGUUUAGAAAUUCUUUCAAAAUCAUUGCUAAAAAUGGAUAAAAUUGGUUGGGAAAAGUGUAUUUGGUUGUAUGAAAAUGAAAUGAGGCAGAGAACUUCAAGGCAUGUUGUUUUAUCUACAAAGGCUGCUCGUAAACUGCAUGGUAUCUAUAGGGCCUCCUCAUAG